CUUUGUGGGUAAUGUAGUUUAUGCAGGCUCUUAUAAAAGUCUGGUCACACGCAUGUACGCCCUCUUUCCUUACUGAGCCUGAUCGAGUCAGGCGUAAAUAACUCAUCAUGCCCGUUGCCAAGAGCUGGGUGUGUAGUAAGACCUAUGUGACCCCUCGCCGUCCCUUCGAGAAGUCCCGUCUCGACCAGGAGUUGAAACUCAUUGGCGAGUAUGGGCUGAGAAACAAGCGUGAGGUGUGGCGGGUCAAGUUCACUCUGGCCAAAAUCCGCAAGGCUGCCAGAGAGCUGCUCACCCUGGAUGAGAAGGACCCCAAACGUCUCUUUGAGGGUAAUGCUCUCCUGAGACGAUUGGUGCGCAUUGGUGUGCUGGAUGAGAGCAAGAUGAAGCUUGAUUACAUUCUGGGUCUGAAGGUAGAAGACUUCUUGGAGAGGAGGCUGCAGACUCAGGUCUUCAAGCUGGGCCUGGCCAAGAGCAUCCACCAUGCCCGUGUUCUCAUCCGCCAGAGGCACAUCCGUGUGCGUAAGCAGGUUGUGAACAUCCCUUCAUUUGUGGUGAGGCUGGACAGCCAGAAGCACAUUGACUUCUCUCUGCGUUCACCCUAUGGUGGUGGUCGUCCAGGCCGCGUGAAGAGAAAGAACGCCAAGAAGGGCCAGGGUGGUGCUGGUGGAGGUGAUGAUGAAGAGGAGGAUUAAACUAAAUCAGUGUGAGGGAGAGGAGCCGGUCUAAUCCCUUCCAGAUUUUUCAAUAAAAAAUGGUUCAGUCCAAUAA